AUGGUAUGCAACGAGAACAAGGAAGAACCAGUGGAACAUCGAUGGAAGUGGGGGAUCGAGGAGAUUGCAGAAGUGGACCAGUACACAUACCUUGGAGUAGAGAUCGCAAAAGACUGCUCGUGGAAUGNGAAUGCACACAUGUCCAAGGUAGCGGACAAGGGCAAAGCACGAGCAGGGAAGCUGCACCCAAUACUCGCAAACCGGCCCCUCGAAAGACGCAUCAAAUUAAAGGGUUUGAAGAGCGUAAUCGUACCGCGGCUAGGGUACGCCGGAGAAGUAUGGGAAGGAAAUAAGAAGGUAGUGCAAGAACUCGAGGCGGCGCAGAUGAAAGCAGCGAAAA